GCAACGUCAGAUUGUGCCUGCCUCUCCUAUUUGCCCCUCUCACACUCUGUCUGCUCAGCCUACUUCCCUAAACCUGCUCUGUAUACAUUUCCAGGAAGUCAGAAGCACAGAGCAGUUCUGCUUGUUGUGAAAUCGUCAGUCUCUCUGUCUCACUGAAGCAAGAAUGGCUUCAAACGUGUGGUCAGAGGACAAGUUUAGCUGUCCGGUGUGUCUGGAUCUAUUGAAGAACCCAGUGUCUAUUCCAUGUGGACACAGUUACUGUAUGGGGUGUAUUAAGAACUACUGGGAUCAGGCUGUUCAGACAGGAGUCUACAGCUGCCCCCAGUGCAGAGAGACCUUUACCCCAAGGCCUGUUCUACGUAGAAACACCAUGUUGGCUGAACUUGUGGAGCAUUUCAAGACGACACAACUAAAUCCUCCUCCUGCUCAAAGCUAUGCUGGACCUGGAGAUGUGCCAUGUGAUUUAUGCACUGGGAGAAAGUUCAAAGCUGUAAACUCCUGUUUGACAUGCCUGGUCUCUUACUGUGAAACUCAUGUCAAGCCACACCUUGAAGUUGCUGCAUUGAAGAGGCACAAACUGAUCGAAGCAACUGGAAAUCUGGAGCAGAAGAUUUGUGCCGAACACCAGAAGGUUUUGGAGGGGUUUUGCAGAACUGAUCAGACGUGUAUUUGCUGGUCGUGUACAGACAAGGAACACAAGAACCACGAUACAGUCUCAGCUGAGAAAGAAAGAACUCUGAGGCAGGCGAAGCUGGGAGAUGCGCAGAAAGAACUAGAACUGAGAAUCCAGGAGAGACUGAAAGAAUUGGAGGAGCUGAAACAGGCUGUGGAGUCACUGAAAAGAUCUUCACAGAGAGAAAUCCAGGAAAGUGAGAAGAUCUUUACUCAGCUGAUCCGAUCCAUUGAGAAGAUCCGCUCUGAAGUGACGGAGCUGAUUGGAGCUCAGGAGAAGGCUACAGUGAAUCAGGCUGAAGGGAUCAUGAAGAAACUGGAGCAGGAGAUUGCUGAGCUGAGGAGGAGAAACACUGAGCUGAAACAGCUUUCAGAGACCAAGGAUCACAUCCAUUUUCUACAGAAUUUCCAGUCUCUCUGUGCCCCUCCUGAAGCUGCAGUCCUACCCAGCAUUAAAGUCAAUUCAGACAUCUCUUUUGGAGCUGUGAGGAAAGCUGUGGCUCAACUUAAAGACUACAUUGAGGACUUCUGCAAGGGGAAAUUAGCCAAAAUAACCACAACAGGUCUAACUGUGCAGGAUGGUGCUGAUAUUGCUGCACAUCAGGUGAAAGAAGAAGCAGUUCACAGUCUGCAGGCUUCAGAGCCAGGGACUAGAGCUGGAUUUUUAAAAUUGAAUGAAACAGCAGUUUAUACCCUGGGGUCCAGGAGCAGUGGCAGGCGUUUAAAAGUAAAUGAAGUUGCAGUUUACAGUCUGCAGGCUCCAGAGCCCAGGAGCAGAGCUGACUUUUUAAAAUAUUCCUGUCGGCUCACACUAGACCCCAACACAGCACACGGAGAGCUUUAUCUGUCUGAGGGGAACAGAAAGGUGACCUGGAGAAAGGGAGAGAGCCAGCCAUAUCCUGAUCACCCAGAGAGAUUUGACUACUGGUGGCAAGUGCUUUGCAGAGAGGGUUUGUCUGGGACUCGCUGCUAUUGGGAGAUUGAGUGGAGUGGGGAGAGAGCCUCUAUAUGAGUCACAUAUAAGGGAAUCAACAGGAAAAGAAAGGAUCAUUUCAGUGGCCUUGGAUACAAUGAAAAGUCCUGGAGUUUGGUUUACUUUGGUUCCAAUUGUUCUGUCUGGCACAAUUAUAUAAAAACUGCAAUAAUUGAACCCCACUUCCCCAGAAUAGGAGUGUAUCUGGACUUCAAUGGCGGCGCUCUGUCAUUUUAUGGAGUCUCUGAUGACACAAUGACCCUCCUGCACAGAUUCCAAACCACAUUUACUGAGCCCCUCUAUCCUGGGUUUGGGCCGAAUUGGUGGUCUGAUUGCCCUGUAACAA